AUGGGAGAAUGUCUGCCCUACCUGCUUGGAGGCACUGUGCCCCCAGCCCUGCCUUCUCCCCACUCAGUGAGGACGGCCCUUGUCCACAGUGCACUGACCUGCUGCAGGGUCUCGGGUUCCCUGGCAUUCAGCUCCCCCAUCGCCAACCCCAGCUUGGUGUCUUGGGAGCCCAUCACUGGCGGGCACCCAGCAGGUGAAAGCUGCAUGCCCAGCGAGAAGGAGGAGAAGCUGGAGGACCCCUGGGGCCUGCACGUGGACACAGGCCCUGAGGCUUCUGUGUCCCAUCCAGCCUCCUUCCUCUCCAUCUGUGCUUCCUCCCGCGACCCCUGGCAUGGCCUCUCUUCCCGGCCCUGGGGCUGCGGCACUGGCUGCUCCCCUGCCUGGAAUCCUUCCCCACGGGUGUUAUCUCUGCACAGACCCUGCCCCACCGUCCUGCACCACAGCCCACCCGCUGCUCACGCUGACCCGAGCCUAAAGGAACGCGUCGUGUUGCUAGCUGAAAUCUUCCAGCUGGCCCGGCAAGUGGCGCCCAACGUGGGGCUCGACGAAAGUUCCUUGCGGCCACUGCCCAUUGAAACUAUUAAGAAUGCCGAAGCGACGCGCUGGCUCCCGGAAAGAUUGGUACGCACGGCGGAGGAGAUCCCUGGUGGAGCGAAUGAGACAGCUCACGAUCCAGGAGACGGUCCCGCUGCCGACAGCUCAGCAGAUACAGGCGCUGUUACAGAUGGCGUCACUGGCUGGAGUGUGGAUAUUCCUGGUGUGACCAGGCUCACAGGGCACGCACAGCGGCGCAGAGGGACGGGGCCCCAGGAUGUCCCAUUCUGUGGCCUGGGGCAUAAAGGGAAACAUAUAGCGGUGCCAUGGAAACUCUGCCGGAAUGAGACUGUUACGGUGUAUUCUAUUCCUAACAGCACACACUCACUGUGGGACUGGUCGCCAGACUCAGAGAGAAACCCCGGAAAGGAAAGUAACAGACAGUUUGCAGCGAGAAUUUGGAAUCUUGGCGGCACCCUUGUUUAUCAAACUGAGGUCUGGAAGUUGCUGGCCGCUUUUGAAACAAGCGGAUCCUUCAUGCAGACUGGAGAAAAGGUUAAAGGUGGACUUUUUUGGAAUGCAACCUGGAGAUAUCCUCGGGCUUGUGUGCCUUAUCCAUUUAUGAUUAUUGCUGGUUCUGUAAAUCUUACUAAGAAUAAUAGUCAAUAUUAUAUUCAUUGUUUUAAUUGUACCCUAACCAAUUGCAUUCGAGGAAUAAGAAAUAAUUCUGGAGUCUUGAUAGUUAAACAACCACCUUUUGUUAUGUUGCCUGUAAAUCUUACUGAGCCCUGGUAUGAAGAGUCUGGGCUUGAACUAUGGGAAAGAGUGCGCACAGCCCUUGCUAGGCCACGAAGGGGGAUAGGAUUAAUAAUUCUAGGAGUAGUAACACUUAUAACUUUGAUUGCUUCUGCUGUUACUGCUUCUGUAUCUUUAGCUCAAUCUGUGCAUACUGCUAGCAUUGUAGACGAUUUGGCAAAAAAUACUUCCAAAGCUUUAGGGAUUCAAGAAGAUAUAGAUAGAAAAUUAGAGGAUAGACUAAAUGCGCUUUAUGAUGCAGUAAGAUUUUUGGGAGAAGAAGUGCAAGGGUUAAAGCUAAGAACAAAAAUUAGAUGUCAUGCUAACUAUUGUUGGAUUUGUGUUACAGCAAAAAUUUAUAAUGAUACUGAAACUCCUUGGGACAGAGUGAAAUCACAUUUAGAUGGUAUUUGGCAUAAUGAAAACAUUUCCUUAGAUCUAUUACAACUUCAUCAGGAAAUUCUUGAUAUAGAAAAUGCUCCUCGGGCUAGUAUGGAUUUGGCAGAAAAUGCUGAAGAGUUUGUUAACAGUUUGUUUUCCAAUUUUCCCUCGAUAACCUCACUUUGGCAUCUUUUUUCAGGGGUCGUGACCAUGCUUCUGGUAUUAGCGCUUUUUGUGUGCAUUGCUCCUUGUAUCAUAAAGAAAUUUGUCAAAGAGCUGUGGGACAUCAAGGCUGUCCUACACAGUAAUUACUUACGCCAAAAGAAUCAGAGGGAAGGGCAGAGCGAGGGGGCCAAGCUGAGCGUGGCGUGGGCACAGGCUGCGGGCCGCGGGCAGGGCACCCGCCGAGGAGGAGGGGCGGGGCCUCCGCUGACUGCUGCCCCCACCCCCGGCGGCCCUGGAGACAUGAGGCAGGACCCCUCCUUGGACAGCCAGGUCUCAGCUGCUGCUUUCGCCCGGUGGGCGCGUUGUCGGCGCCAGCUUUACGCUGGAGCAUGGCAGGUAGCAGCAGCCCCCUCCCCUAAGGGUCCAGGCUGGAGCCCGCGAGCCGGGGUGUGCCAGGGGCCUGGGCGGUGGGAUGCCGAGGCCCCCUCCCCCCGACCUGUCGUCUGGGCUCCGGAGGGCUGCGGUCCGGGCAAGCCCGGAUCUGCGGGAACGCCCUGCCGGCCCGCCCCUCGGGUCCCCUGCCUCGAGUCCUGCCUGAGCCCGCAGCGCCAUCUGCCGGCGGGGCGGGAAGGCUCGGGCGGAACUGACCCGAGGCCCCCGGGGAGGGACGGGUACCUUGCAGAGGCGGGCGCGCGACGGUCCACAGGCCUCGUGCUCACCCUGGAGCGAGCUAUGAGGGCCUGGUUUUGA